AUGCGUGACAUUAUCGUCUUCUCUGGAUCCUCCAAUCCAGAGCUUACCGACCGGAUCUGCCGCAAUCUCGGCCUGCCGCCGGGCAAGGUUGAGCUCAAAAAGUUUGCCAACGGCGAAACCUCAGUGCACUUUGGCGACUCCGUGAGGGAAAAAGACGUUUUUAUUGUCCAGUCGGGCGCAGGCCACGUUAACGACCUUUUUAUGCAGCUCCUGAUUAUGAUUUCGGCAUGCAAGAUGGCCUCCGCAAAAAGGAUAACCGUUGUGUGUCCGCUUUUCUUCUAUUCGCGUCAAGUCGAGUCUCAGGCCAGUAAACGAGGUGUUCCUGGAGGGGCCCAGCACAGAGGGUCAAAAGUUCCCGACAGCGUUCCGCACACUGGCUCGUCACUCAAAACACUGCGCACCAACGAAGCCUCGAUCGCCAAUCCAACGGGAUACCGUUCCUGGAUAGCCCAGAGCGGCACCUUGAUUGCGAACCUGCUCACCUCGGCCGGUGCCAACCAUAUAAUCACAAUGGAUCUGCAUGAUGCCCAGUUCCAGGGCUUUUUCGACAUCCCUGUCGACAACCUGCUUUCAAAACCCUUAUUCCAACACUAUAUUACGAACUACGUGCCAAAUUAUAAAGACUGCGUGAUAGUGUCGCCAGACUCUGGUGGAGCGAAGCGUGCUGCUGCCCUAGCAGAUACGCUGUGCAUGCCGUUCGCCCUGAUCCACAAAGAGCGCCGGCAGAAGGUGGACACAGCGCAAUCGGAGCUGAUGCAGUAUGUCGCCACGACGAUGCUUGUCGGAGACGUCCACGACAAAGUCUGUGUGGUGGUGGACGAUCUGGCAGACACUUCCAACACUAUCACGCGCGCGGCCAGCCUGCUCAAAGACCAGGGCGCCAAAUACGUGUAUGCGCUGAUCACGCACGGCAUCUUCAGCGGCGAGGCCAUGCGGAAGCUCAAAGAGUCGCAAAUUGACAAAAUCAUUACCACCAACUCGGUGGACCAGGCCGCACACGUGGCGGAGCUGGACGCCAAAGAGAUGGUCAUUUUGGACGUGUCAAGAAUCUUGUCCGAGGCAAUCCGCAGAAUAAAUAAUGGAGAGUCUGUGUCCAUGCUGUACGACCACGGGUGGUGAUCAGCCCAUCUUCUUGGCCAUCUCGCUCUGUUUUUUGCGCUCGGCUUCGAUUCUCUCCAGGUCCUUUUCUGUGAUUAGAUGAUGUGUAUGGUCGCCCUUAAUAGAACCGUGACACCAGUCAAUUCCGUAGAAAAACGAAUCCCGUUGCAGCUGGUCCAUCGUGGUCCGUUUGUUGGCGGCCACAGUGAGCAUGCCGCCAAUCAGCGGCCGCGAGGCUGCUGGCAGCAGCUUCAACAGCCGGCUGGAGCCCGACGAAGACUUGCCGUCGUCCCCUGAUUCGCUUACAAAUGCCCGGUAAGACGAGUCUGUCGUCUUUGGUAUUUUCCAUGGGAACCGUCUCAGGACCAUGCAGCAGAACAUAAUGGCCAACGACCACACGUCGGCCGGCCGCGGGUCAUACGAGCUCAUCGACAGACACUCUGGGGCCAGAUACGGGUCUGACCCAACAAUGCCCGAAACCUGGAUGAUGUUCUGGUCCGGAUCGCUGUCGGGCAUUCUGAACCUUGCGGCAGAACCGAAAUCAAUCAGCUUCAGUAUUCCCGUCUCGCUCACCACGCAGUUGUCGAGCUUCAAGUCGCGAUGAGCAAUUCCCUUACUGUGCAAAUAGACCACACCUUCGGCCAUCUGCUUAAAAUAGCAGAAUAUUUCGUCUUUGGACAUCACUCCGCCCAUGACAAUCGUAAAGAAAUCAUACUUGCAAUAUUCCAUCACCAUCACGUACAACGUGUGUUCGUUCAGGAGCUCAUAAACACGAACAAUGUUCUCGUGAUCCAGGUCCACGAGCAAGUUGUACUCGUUGAUCACCUUUUUCCGGUAAUCGUAGUCCGACUCACGCGACGACUGGGGCCGGAAUUUCUUAAUUGCAAAUACCUGGCCGUCAGAAGGCCGACGCACAAUCAGGACCGAGCCGCCUGCUCCUUCGCCCAGCACGUUCUUCUCCACGGCAGCGUCCGGAAUCUCGCCAUACUGUGCCACCAGCUUGCGCAUAGCCAUGCCCUCCUGUCGGCCAUCGGGCUGGGGUGGCAAUGCCGGCUCUUUCUUCCGCUGAUCCUUGAUGUGAUGGUGGUGGUGGUUGCAGAUCUUGAGCUUGUUGAGCUUGUGCUGGAUCAUUUGAUGCAAGUGUUCUUGCUGCUCCUUGGCCUUGGCGGACCGGUGGAUUGGUUUCAGAAAUCUCUUGAGCGACAGGUGUCGCAGCGACGACGAGUCCGUGCUCCCCGCGGUGGAAGCGUUGCUGCUGUUGCUCACUCGCGGCGUGAGGUUGGACGAGCUGGGUGUCAAAGAAACCGACGGAGUGUUGUUCACAGACCCUGCGCGGCUCGAGACGUUUGGGUUCGACCGAUCUGAACCCUUCCGGAAAAGCUUGGCCAGCACAUGGCUUCCGUUGCCCGUUCCGACGUUGCUGGAAUGCGACUGGAGCGACGACGACGACUCGUCGCGUCUCAUGCUUACAUUUGAGACCGAGACCUGGCUUUGAGACAGGUCCGUCGGCUUG